ACUGGAAUGCGACAAGUUUUAUCAGUCAAAUGUUUACGUUAAAAUAUAAAUCACAAUUUGUUAAUCCAAGGUUUAAGGCAAUGAUAGCCGUUUAUUAUCUGACAAUCUUACCCAAACUAGAGGAUUUUGGACGCGGCCUGAAAGGGCGCAAAUUCUGCCUGACAGAUAAGACUUAGGGAAAAAAAUCCCAAGAUAAACGCAACAAAACCCCGGAAAUGGGAAGCGGAAAAUGGGCUAAAUAUUACACAAAAGUGAAGUUAGAGAGGUACAUACCACCUGGAAUAAACGUAUCUGUAGAUAGCCAUAUGCGCACGGAGAGAAUAUCUUAGAAAUGCAACAUUUAUAAGUCAUUAAUCGCGUCGAAACGUGGCAGUUAAGGUAAAGCUCACAGUAUGCGCAGUAGUGUAGUUAGCUCAAUUUGACAACAAGACGCUGCAACGCCCCUGAAACUGAAGACAAGAAAGUAUUUAAAGACCAGUUUGUGAUGGUAAUGAAGGUCUCUUCCAGUUCGUGCCACAUCCCCCCGAAUUUUUUUUAUUUCAGGUUUAAUGUGGCCAUGCCCCUUUUUUGUUUAAUGAACAAGUCUGGAUUGAUGCCCAGUCCUCCUCCCUCUUUCCUGUGCUCUGUGUGAAAUGACCUGACUCCGAGUUCACUGGUUUGCAGCAGCAGAUGACAAUGGCCAGAAUAGCCUGGUACCAAGAGAAGAUUGGGGCCUAUGAUCAACAAGUCUGGGAGAAAUCUCUGGAGAAGGCGGAUCUAAAUGGUUUGGACAGCAAACCAAAGAAGACGUGUUACAUCAAGCCAGACCUCAUUGAUGUUGACUUAGUAAGAGGAUCCACAUUCAGCAAAGCCAAACCAGAGAGUCCCUGGACAGCACUGACUCGAAAGGGUCUGGUCAGAGUGCUGCUGUUCCCGUUCUUCUUCCAGUGGUGGAUCCAGGUGACCUCCAAGUCCAUCUCCUCAUGUAUCCUUGUGCUAUACUUCAUGCAAGUGGCAGCAGUCGUGCUGUACUUGGAGGUCCCUGGGGCGAGUGCCAGCGAGGUGUUUGGACCCAUGUGUCUGAUGCUGCUGCUGGGCACCGUGCACUGCCAGAUUGUGUCGACUGAGUCCAGCUGGUGGCCCUCGGGCAGUCCAGCUGCCAGCAACACCACCAGCCCUGCGCGCAGAAGGAGGCCGAGGAAGGGCAGAGGGCUGAAAAAAUCUGAAGAAAAGAAUGACUGCGUGGACACAGAACAGCAGACCAAAAGAAAGUCAGGAUUUGGGGCAUCCGACGAGCUCUCCAGUGAGGAAGAGGAGGGGGUACAGCCAGUUGAAAAGAUUUGCUCACCGACCAAUCAAGAGAGACACCCUCCUACAGCUUGGCCGGCCUCUGCGCUUGUGUCUUCUGUUAGAAAGAGAAACCUGAAGUCUAACCCCACACUUAGACCUCAUGAAGGGAGUGGAGCUUCCAUCAAGGUAAAGCCUCGAGAGGUGGAGCGCCUCAGGCCGAGCGUGGGCUCUCGUCCUGCCUCCGACACUGAUGACACAAUGUGGGAGGAGUUUCUCCAAGGGCCUGACUCUGCCACCACGGGUAGCAGUGACAGUGAGGGGAACGGGAGGUACAACGCUGGAUUGGCACUCCCACAAACCACCACUCUGAGCAGCGACGAUGAGAGCCUACAGCAGGGAAUCACAGGAAGCCAGCUGUCUUGGCUUCAGGCAUGUCACCCAUCCAAGGAUCGAGUCAGUGCCAUAAUAUGGGAGCAGGGCGAGUGUAAGAAAGCAGACAUGUCCGUAUUGGAGAUCAGCGGGAUCAUCCUCACACGGGUGAAGUUAGUGGAGCAGGGUAUGGGUUACCUCGUCCUUGGUGGGCUCAUGACUGCCACCCUGGCGCUGCUUCCGUUUGCCUUCCGCUUGGCUCAGCAUCUGGACAUAUCGAGCCUUGGCUCCCUGUCCCUGACAGAGCUGGUAAACGUGGUGGUGGGUCCGCUUGAUGCCCAGGCCUAUGCCUUUUUCUUCAUCACAACGGUGCAAAGAGUCUGCCUCACUGGACUGUUCUUCUUCAUGAUGUGCGUGGCUGAGAGAACGUACAAACAGAGACUUUUAUUUGCUAAGUACUUCAGCCACCUCACUUCAGCUCGCAAGGCCAAGAAAUCUGAGAUCCCUCAUUUCAGGCUGAAGAAAGUCCAGAACAUAAAGAUGUGGUUGUCACUACGCUCUUUUCUCAGGAGACGAGGGCCGCAGCGCUCCGUUGAUGUCAUUGUCUCCACUAUCUUCCUUUUAGCGCUUUCCAUUUCAUUCAUCAUUUGUGCCCAGCUUCUGCACAGCCACAAGACAUUCCUAGAGUCUCUGACAAACUGGGAGCUGAUGGUGUGGGGCUCCUCCCUCAUCCUCUUUCUGUUACGGCUGGCCACGCUGGGCUCAGAGACCAACUGCAAAUACAGCAACUCCUCAGUGCUGCUCACUGAGCAGAUCAAUUUGUAUCUCAAGAUGGAGAAGAAGCCCAAUAAGAAAGAAGAACUCAGUAUAGUGAACAACGUUUUGAAGCUAGCUACAAAACUGAUGAAGGAGUUGGAUACUCCAUUCAGACUGCUGGGUCUGACGGUGAACCCUCUGAUCUACAACAUCACCAGAGUGGUCAUCCUGUCUGCUGUGUCUGCUGUGGUCAGCGACCUGCUCGGUUUCAACAUCAGACUGUGGAAAAUCAAGCCUUAAUGUGAAAACAGCAAACCACUACAAGUCGGACACUGGAGACCAGAAAUCCCAUUGUCUGCCACAGAGAGCCUCUCAUCUACAAAAAGUGUGCAAACCUACUGACAGUAUAUUCAGUGUCUGUGCCUUCCAACUGAAACGUCUGUCUGGGUUUCAUCGGUCAUUCACAAGCCUGAGAUGCUCUGACAAUGGCUCACACGCCAUUUACUGGCUGCAAAGCUGGUGUGGAAACGCACAGUUCCCCUCGGCCAAGCCACUAGCCCAGUGUCUAACUUUUGACCCUUGAAUGUUCUUCAGUAUGUGGUUAAAUAUAGUGUUGAGUCGAGGUCCGAGAUCCUUUCAGGCUCUUGUGGCAUCCAAACUUCCAAUUGUGUCUUGUACAGAUGAUGUGGACACAAAGUGAAAGGUAAAUGACUUCAAUGCAGAUAAUAAUGCAGAUAGUUUAGUCUUAUUUGCUAAUGUUUCUCAUCGGUAUGGUAGUUCAGUUAACUAUAAAACAAGCUCUGUGCUAUCUAAAGCCAGUAAAUCAGAAUGGGCGGCCAGCUGUACUAAAGGAAUUUCCAUAGGAAUCAACUUUGAUUUCAACCUGUUGUACUGUUUAAUGAGGAAACAUUGUGGCUGUAAGUGGGCUUUAUUUAUUUGGGGUUCUGUUUUAGCGCUUAAACUUGUAAUGGUACCUGUAAGUCAUGACUCUUUGACCACUGUCUGCCUUUUGUAUUGAGGACUAUCGUCGACUAAAAUAACUAUGCAAAGAAGGUGUAGUUAUGCUUAAAGAAAGUGUUUGAUAAAGGUGAAUAAAAUCGUUU